UGGAAAACGUGGUGCAGAAUCCGUCCAGGGAAGGAGACCAAAAUGCCAACUGCCGGGGAGGAACUUUUGAUCGCACGCAUCAGCGUGAUGAUCCUGCUGCCAGCCAUCACCUUCGUCCUCGGCAUGAUGCCCACCUGGCUUUCGCAAAUCUUCAAGUGGGAUAAAAAAGUGAUAAAUGGUCUCCAGGGCAAAAGGGCGCAAUUCAUUUUCUCAAAGCUGCUGUGUUUCGCGGGCGGAGUUCUCCUGGCCACGGUUUUCAUGCACCUUUUACCAGAUCUACGCGACGAUUGUAUAGAGCAGGUGGAAAUAGGCAACCUGCCUGACCUGGGCCCAGCCAUACCGUGGGCUGAGUUGUUCCUCAGCAUAGGAUUUUUCUUUGUGUACUUCGUAGAGGAGACAGCACACGCUUUCGUGCAUUGGCAGAGCAAGGCAAAGCACCCUGGACCGAUUCAGCCAACCGCUCCCACGCCUUGCAUCGAGGAAAUCCAACAGAAUAUCACAGGAAUCAGAGAUUUGGACGAAAACGAAGAGAAGGAGAAGGUUGCAAUAGACAUAGAGGAAAAGAAACACGAUUCCAAUGGUCACAGCCACAGCAAUGGUCACGGGCACAGUCACGGCGGCGAAGGACACAGUCACAUUCCCGUAUCGGUAGAUAGUGAAACAGUGGUGUCGAAUGUGAGGAACAUUCUCACCGUCAUGGCCCUCUCCUUUCACUGCAUUUUUGAGGGCAUCGCCGUCGGAAUGGAAGAAACGGCGGCUGAGGUGUGGUACCUCUUCGGAGCGAUAUCCACGCACAAAUUUGUCAUUGCUAUUUGCGUGGGAAUCGAAAUGCUCGCUUCAAAAACAAAGACAACUCUCGUCUACAUCUACAUUUUCAUUUUCGGAUUUGUCAGUUUGAUCGGCAUCGUUGCCGGCUGGCUGAUCGCCGAAACUGGUGCGGAAGGCGCGGAUAAAAACGCGGCCACGGUAACAAUGCAGGGUAUGGCCGCGGGUACCAUUGUGUACGUCACUUUCUUUGAAAUCCUGCAACGCGAAAAGUCAAACAACCAGAAUGGGUUUCUUCAGCUGGGAGCCAUUCUGCUCGGAUUCAUCGGCAUGGUUGGAAUGAUGAGCUUGGCUCCUGAUCCAGAAUUCUAAAAGCCACAAAUCAAGAAAAUGUGAAGAAUUAGCAUCCAGACUAGACUGAUCUGACUUCACUGAGUACUUUGUUCAACAGCGAAGAAAACCCCAGUUGCGAUUUUGAUAUUCAGUGUUAACCUCAACUUGUAAAAAAUGUGCCACCUUUAUUUUGGUCCAGUUGUUUGCGACGAAUGUCUCAUGAAGGGGCCAGUGUGCCCCUCAACAUUGCUUCCUGCACUGGACUUGAGAUCUUGUAUUGUAAAUGUUUGUCAACUGCUAUCUUAAUUUAACUCAUGCAAUAAAUAUUUGUCAAAAACAAAUAAAGAAUAUUUUGUUAU